AUGCCUCUUUUCACUAACCAUUGGAAAAAACAGACUAACUCCGAUUUUCCCGGCGGCAUACAACUCACCACUGACGCCAGUCUCGCUGGAACGCAGGUGAUAGUCACUACCACCACGACUUUAAAUGCCGAUACAACUUCCACUUUCAAUGUCGGUUCGGGCGCCGCAAUGGAAACAUCCAACCCAGAAGCAGCCGCCACGCCAACAUCGACCGAUUUUGGCUUCACACCGAUCACAACCGCGGCCAGUUUAGCAGGAACACAAGUUAUUGUCACGACGCAGCCGAAUGGGGAAAUCUCCACAGUGUCGCAGCAAGUUACCUCGACCACCGAGGCAGCAGAGCCAGCCACCGAAAUGACUACUUUGACCCCAGUAGACACCCAAACUUCAACAACCGUGGAAACGCCGCCAGUGACCGAAACAACGACCGCCACUGUCGCGACAACAACACCCGCUACGACCCCAGAAACAACCACAUCCACUGCGCCAACAGAAACAACUACAGCGACUACAGCGACCACAGCGACUACAGCGACUACAAGCACAACUCCAGAACAAACUGUCGUUACUACAACAUCCUCACAAACCGUAGAGACAACCACAACAACCACUUCUCAAGCCCCGGGAACUACCGCUGCAACCGUUGCUCCCUCCCCAGCUCCUUCGACAACUGGCACAUCGCUCGCCUCCUCUUCAUCGCUUGCAGCUUCCUCCUUGCCCCCAUUGCAACUUUCCUCUACUUCUUCCACCCCAGGCCUGGGAUAUGUGUCCACUACACUCACUAAGGUUGCAACCACCACACUCGUGCUUCCAAUUAGCACUGUGAUAUCAACUGGUGUGUACACGUCCACUAUUGUCACUGUGCUAAGCAAUUCACCCGUGUACACAACUCAAACUGUAACUGAAUCCACCGUUUCCGUUGCAUAUACCACCAUUACUACCCAAUUUUUGACCACACCUACAAGUCUCGAAUGUUCAACUGUUGAAACGUCUUCGCCUGUUAUAAGUACAGAGGGCUUGGUCAUCUAUUCCACUCUCAGUUCGCCAGCCACCACAGUCAGUAACAGUCAACAAGUUGUGACUGAAAGCGUCACGGCCACUACAGUCUACACCACAUCGGUUUCAACAAUUGUCACUGCCUCAUCCUCCAGCGUUAUCACCUCUUAUUCAACGAUCUCCGGCACUACCGAAAUUGUUUCUCCUAUUGUCACAACAACAGCUGUGACUCUUACAACAAGUGUUGCUAUCACCUCCAUAGCUCUGGUCACUAAUGGUGUCACCACUUCCACUGUUUACACAUCCACUUUAACCGCCGCCUAUACUAGUGCUACUGCUUCAGCCGGUAACACCCCGGCCAUAAGUACCUCUCCCGCGUACACCACCUAUGUCGUCACAUUACCUGACUCGACCUACACCUUGACGCAUGUCAGUAACGUCGAAACCACAUUCCAAACUGCCGUGCCAACUACAAUUACAAGUGAGUUUUUGGCCACACUUACAAAUGUUCAAUACACAACUUCCACCAUCACUCCAAGUGUGCUGUAUUCUAACUCCAGCGUGGCAAACACUUUGGUGGUCUGCGAAGCUGUGACGCUUGUCACUUUGGACACGACAACCUACGCUACUGAUGUCACAGCAUAUACUACAUCUACUUUCCAAACCGGGUCUCUUGAAACUAUUACAGUGACAGGCCAGCAAGUGACACAUGUCGCACCAGCAGCUCCAGAGAUCAUUAAGUUGAACAAACGCUGCCCUGAGUGCGAGGUAUUGCCCAAAACCGUUUACAAAACUGUCAUUUACGAGGACAUUAUCUCCUGCACGGCGUCAACAAGCAUCAACAUCGUGCAUUCCCCCACGACUGCGGUAAGCUACGAUUUGCAGACCAGCUAUUCGACUCUAACUACAAACUACGUGAUGGUUCAGUCCACGGAAUACACGAGUUUUAGCACGUACACGACACAGGGAUACGCAACGUCAGUGGCCACCAGCAUAAUCACCUACACUUCUACGCGCACGUUGAGUGGGAGCACGUCGGCGGUGUUGUACAGCUAUGAGGUCACUCCUGUCUCUACAAGUUACGUGACAGCUACUUCGUAUGUUCCAUCGACGCAGACUUUGGGAUGUAGCCAGGUGACUGGGACUCCAUACACUGCCAGUGUCUCUGUCCAAUACAGCAGUAGCGUGGUGCCUGGCUCAACUACGGUUUACGUGCUGUCUUCAACGCCCGUCCAGUCCACGUCUUACUUGACAACCAGUGGUAGCUACGCUGCCUCCACUGUUUUCACAAGCAGCAGAUCCGUCACCACUCAAACCACUGUUUCAGUGGCCUCCACUCCCGGUAUUUCGAUUUCGCCUUCCAAUGACGCAAACUCUGCCUUUUCAAGCCAGUUUUCUUCUGUUUGGAAAGUACUACUAACAACUCUCGGUGUUGUCCUAAGUGCUUCGCUCAUGAUCUAA